UGGGCGUUGAAGAGGCCCGGCCCCACGGAGGAGGCGGGCUGAGACGGGCCGGGGACCCGAAGGGGCCGGAAGGGGUGGCUGCCGGCUCGGCCCCGCCCCGGGUCCGCCUCCCCGCGGGUUCCGUUGGCCGUGGCGGCAGCUGAAGCUGUGGCGGCGGUGGCCGCGGGGCGGGCGUAAGAUGGCGACAGCGGCGGCGGGAGCCCUGGGCCUGCUGUGGAGUUGGCUGUGGAGCGAACGCUUCUGGCUGCCCCAGAACGUGAGCUGGGCCGACCUUGAGGGGCCGGGCGACGGCUACGGCUACCCGCGGGCACGACACAUCCUCUCGGCAUUCCCAGUGGCGGCGGGCAUAUUCUCCGUGCGGCUGCUCUUCGAGCGGUUUAUUGCUAAACCCUGUGCACUCCGUGUUGGCAUCCAGGACAGUGGUCCUUAUCAGGCCCAACCCAAUGCCAUCCUUGAAAAGGUGUUCGUAUCUAUUACCAAGUAUCCUGAUGAGAAAAGGCUAGAGGGCCUGUCAAAACAACUGGAUUGGGAUGUCCGAAAAAUCCAAUGCUGGUUUCGUCAUCGGAGGAAUCAGGACAAGCCCCCAACGCUCACUAAGUUCUGUGAGAGCAUGUGGAGAUUCACUUUUUAUUUAUGUAUAUUCUGCUAUGGAAUUAGAUUUCUCUGGUCGUCACCUUGGUUCUGGGACAUCCAACAGUGCUGGCAUAGCUAUCCGUAUCAGCCUCUCACAAGUGGGCUUUAUUACUAUUAUAUCAUGGAAUUGGCCUUCUAUUGGUCUCUCAUGUUUUCUCAGUUUAUAGACAUUAAACGAAAGGACUUCCUGAUCAUGUUUAUGCAUCACUUGGCCACCAUUGGGCUCAUCACGUUCUCCUAUAUCAACAACAUGGUUCGGGUGGGAACUCUGGUCAUGUGUUUACAUGAUGUCUCAGACUUCUUGCUGGAGGCAGCCAAACUGGCCAAUUAUGCCAAAUACCAGCGUCUCUGUGACACCCUUUUUGUGAUCUUCAGUGCUGUUUUUGUGGUCACUCGUCUAGGAAUCUACCCAUUCUGGAUUCUGAACACGACUUUCUUUGAGAGUUGGGAGAUGAUCGGGCCUUAUCCCUCCUGGUGGCUCUUCAAUGGCCUUCUCCUGAUCCUACAGGUUCUGCAUGUCAUCUGGUCCUACCUAAUUGUGCGAAUUGCUUUCAAAGCUUUGAUCCGAGGAAAGGCUGGACAGUUUCAUCUCUUGCAUGUGUCGAAGGACGAUCGCAGUGAUGUGGAGAGCAGCUCAGAGGAAGAAGAAGCGACCACCAACUCAAAAAGCCCCUGUGGCAGCAGCUCCAGCAAUGGCGCCAAUCGGGUGAAUGGUCACAUGGGAAGCAGCUACUGGGCUGAAGAGUAAGGUGGUUGGUGUGGGGACUAGAGCACACAUGGACUUGUAGGGCCACUGGCAACCUGCUCCUCUCAGGCCUCCCCACCUACACUCUUGUGACUAGGGGCUCUGCAGGGCACUGAGGAGAAUCAAAAGAGCAAAUAUUUUCACUUAAAAAAAAAAAAAAAACCAACUCUGCCAUUUUGUAUUUAAUAGCCUCCCAGUUCUUUCGGUAAUGUUAUUUGCUUUGUGGGUGUGUGUGUGGGUGUGUGUGUGUUUGUCUGCAUGUGUAUGUGUGUGUGCAUGUGCAGGUGUGCAUAUGCACGAGUUUCAUUCCCUGGGUUGGGGCACAAUACUAGACUGGGGCCGGUAGGCCUUGUGCCCCCUUUGAACCCACCUCAAUCCCAGAUUUGGCUGCAUCUUGAGUAAUGCUGGCUCUGGACUGUCCCUUCCCUUGUUGUCCAUGGCUUUUGAAGCUAUGGCCAUCUGAAUGGAACAGUAGAGUUCAGCUCCAGGUUUCUGCACUGUUACUCCUCGGAGCUCGAAAAGUCACACGAAGUUGUACAGAAACAGAUAACCAUGGAUGGAUGAUCAGGGUUUUUGUGGCCCCUAGCUAGAUUCCCUUCCUACCACCUGGUAGUGACAGGGUCCUGCUGACGCCCUGCACUUCACUCAAUGGUACGCAGGGAGCGGGAGUGGGGGAGGGUGAGCUGAGGGCUGGAAGAGGACAAUAGCCACUGGGCGAGCCACUUAAGGUUUAUACUGUUGUUUACUCUUGUGUGAUUAAAAGUGCUUCAACCCUC